UUCUUUGAUGUUUGUGGAAUCCUGCUUGGACCAAACCCAGGGCAUUUCUGCUCAUCCUCACUGGCAAGGUCAAGGGGAGGAAUAAGUUAAGUAGUUCUUGGGUUAUAGCAGUGUUUCUCAACUCCAGCCCUCAUGGACCCCCAACAGGUCAUGUUUUCAGGAUUUCCCUCAGAUGAAACAGCUGUGGUAAUUACUAAGGCAGUGAAACUGAUCAAAUCACCUGUGCAAAUUAAUGGAAAUCCUGAAAACAUGACCUGUUGGGGGUCCAUGAGGACUGGAGUUGAGAAACACUGGGUUAUAGCAAUGAAGCAAGCUAGA